AUGGGUGGUUCUUCUCGACAUAAAGGAGAAGGGUCGUCAUUAAGAGAAUAUGACAAUAAAAUUAGAAAUAAUUUGGCUGAUAUAAAAAAGAAGAAUAAAUGUACUGGUAAAAAGAUGAAAGAAGUUUAUCCAAGUGAUAAAACACAGAAAGCGUUGAUUGAACUUUAUAAAAAGAAUAAUGAAAAAUUCAGAGAUGCUGUAAAUAUGACAAAAAAUCGAAAUAAAAAAUGCUGGUUUGAUCGCAUUGAAGAUGAGGAAUAUAAGGUAAAAGUGAAUAAAAUGUUCGGGGUCCAUCCAGUUUAA